GGCGUCAUUUCUUCUCGUUAGCAUGACUGCACCGGCUGGAUAUGUUUUGUCGUCGGGACCGUCGAAAUCGACGCUUCGACGGCCGCGAGCACCAAUUCCGUUGCGAUUUCGCGUCCACUCGGCUGCAAAUAGGUAACGAGAAACGAUAUAUUGUCCGUGACGCGUGAGAGUCGACACGACUGGAAAAGCCGAAGUCACGCUAAAGCGACAACGCUGAAGUUCACGGACAAUACAUUUUCGACAGUUGCGAGCGGUACUUACAGUUACAAGUCUAUAUAGAGGACACCGGCUUCAGGAUCACGGCCAUUCAUGUUCGACUAUCAGCGAGUAUGUUACGUAUUUUAAUUUUGCUUCUCUUUCCACGCCUGUUUACCGCCACGGUGCCGUCGGGAGUAACGUCAUACACGAAAGUAUCGAGAAACGGCCAGCUAGCGAGAAGCUCUCACGAUUCUUUCUCGUGGAUCAGCAGGACUCAAGUGAGAAACGAUACGAAAAUGGACAACGAGGAUAAGAAUAUAAGUGACAUUGUUAUCACAGUAUCGCCUGUGUAUGUCACGCCCAAAACUCCGAAGUUGAAGAAAGGUGAAGCGAUCGACCACCCAGUCGCUCCCAGAUAUUCGACAUUGGAUCAUGAAAUGAUAGCUAAGCUAAAUGCAGGCAAAAAGCAGAUUCAACAACGAUUUAAUCCACCUGCAGUAUUCGACGUGUCCACGAAUGAUAGGCCGCAGAACGGAAGACCGCAAAAAGGAGCGAGUAUAUCGAAUUCAGGAAGCUUCAAUGUAUCCUCGUUUCCUGGUCCAAUUUCGUUUGCCAUGUAUGAGUACAGCCCACCAGAAUUUCUCGAAGACAAGCCGACGUCCAAGCCAAUGAUCAGCGUUUCGAAAUAUCCAUCUAUGCCAACGGACGAUAAGAUGCCGAGCGGUUAUCAAGCACCGUCGAGCAAUUAUCACGUCGAUGAUAGGCCAGAGAUGAAAUAUCCUAACUUUGAUGUCGCGUCUUCGUACGAGAAUAACGAGCCUAUGAAGAAGCCCAUGAAAUUCGCCAACCAUCACGAACGCCCGUUUCCAUUUGUGGAGGACUCGUACGGGCACGAUCAUCACGAUUUUCAUCACGAGGUGAUCUACGAUCACUUGCCCGAGUACCACGAGCAUCAUGUCGAGCACACGACGCAGGAGCCGCCGGAAAUGAACGAUCAGCGGCUCGACAAGCGGCCUUAUUCGUAUUACUUCAUAGGGAAGAAGCUCUGGUAUGUACCGCUGUACUUUAGCAUUUAUUUCAUUAUAUACAUAGCGGCGCUCGUGCUGAAGAGCAUCGCUAGGCAUAAGAUCAAUUUCCCGACGACCCUGGCGGAGGCUGCGGGUCAUUCUGCGGGUCAUUCUGCGGGUCAUUCUAAAAGGAGCGAGCCGGACGAGGGCUGGUGGAAUUUUGCCGGGAAGAUACUCGAGGGGGUAGAACGAUUCGCCGAGAUGUCCGGUAGUAAAGAUUUUUAAGUAAACGUCGUGUAAAAUCGCUCAUCGUAAAAGUUCAGGCUACCGAUCUACCGAAUGCUCACUCUUCGAAUACUCCCGUUCGAGUGGAGGGAGCACUGAUUGUCGCAGUGGAGCAUACGAUAUAACCCGAUUAGGUGUGGCAAUUAAUUUAUAAGGCAUGUAACGUUAACGCGAUCAUUGAAUGUAGGACAUUUGAAUGUAGGAUGUUGAAAUUCAGAGUUAGGUAAGAGUUAGUUUUUGUUUAAAAUUAUAUUAAGUUUAAAGUUAAUAGCUCUUAAAUUAAGUUAGUUUACGUGUAAAGUUACACAAACACAAACUAGAUUAAAAAGUUAACAUUAAAUUAAUUUAUUAAAAUUAAAAGUUAAUUAUGCAGAACGGUGUAUAUGUUUUUGCAUAAUUAACUUUUUCAUUAAAGAUUAAAUUUGCGAAUUAUUAAUGAAAAGAUAGUCUUUUAUAAAAAAAAAUACCAACUGUUUUAUGCUCAGUGCAUUCCAUACAAGAAAAGUAUGCUGGCGCUUAGAGAGGCAAAAAACUUGCCUUAUUAUUAUAAUUAACUUAUUAUUAUAACUAACUUAUUAUUUUCUUUUCAUUUUUUUCAUUGUUAACAUUUCGCAAUGAUUUAGGUACUGAUGGAUUAUUUUAACUUAUAUAAAGGAAAAAGUUAAUAAAUUAAAGUUAGUACAUUUUAAGAUAACUAGUUUAAGUUACGAGCUUACAAGCUUACAAGCUUAUUUUGAAACAACUAAAUUAAGAGUUAACUAUAUUAAUUAAAUAAAUAAGUAAAAGUUAUAAACUUCUUAACAGUUUGACUUAACUUUUAAUUAAUUAACUAGCUGUCACCCAAUCCUGUUUAAGUUAAUCCACGAUAAUUAUGUAAAAGGUAGAAGUACGUCGUUUAGGCUUAAGUGGAAUGUACGUAUACCUCGAGAUAAAUAGGCAAAGAGAAAAAGGCAUGGGAAGAAGGAAUCGUGUAUGAUGACACAGUCGUCUUUAUUGUUUCCCGCACCUACUGUUCUUUGUCUAUAAUUGAUUGAUUGAUUUCCAGCGUGCGAGUUAACCGCCCGCUUCCGAAUAAACGCAAUACUUACGAUGUUGUCGAUUAA